AGUGAGCGCGCCACCGUCAAAAUAUCAACAGUGGCAGCAGCACAAACUUUACAGCAGUCUAACUUCUGGUGUAUUAACUUCGACUGUCUUUCAACGCUGUUUGCUCUUUAACAGUGAAACUCUUUUAGAAAUGUGCUCAAAGGCGAUAUCUAGUGCGAAGGAGUUUCACGGUGCUCUUCGGUCUUUUCUGGAUGCGGAAAGAAAUGAUCCUCGUUUAUAUGAGGAGGACAUCCAAGUCUUAAAGAUGAAUGGAGACAGUGUCCCUGUCCUGAAUAUGUUCUGUGGAAACCAUCCAGUCUUCAUCUGUGAAAAAGCUGUUCCGAAAGUAACUGAAUGUGAUAAUCAGCAAAUGAACGUAACAUCAAACAGCUCUGAUGAAGAUGCCGAUGUGGACGACGCUGAUGCACUCCAGACAGAAUUGGGACCGCAGCCACUCACAAUCAUGAAAGCGAGGCAGUUGCUGUCUUGGUAUACAUUAUCUCAAAAUGCUAAUGUGUCAGCUCUGGACGACAACCCUGCCUUACUGCCUCUGUGGGUGCGAUGUGACAUGUCUGAUCCAGCUGGAACAACGUGGUUUGGAGCUGAAACUGUGUGCACGGGCAAUAAAGUGUCUGGUGUCAAACUAUACUCUGUAACCUGCAAAGGCUCAACUGUGGACAAAGGCUCCCUCAUAACCUUGGAAGAGCUUAAACGGGACCACAAGGAAAGGCAUCACCCCUCCUCGAUGACAGUUAAAGGCAGUGCCAGGUUCAGCUUGUUUGGCUCCACUGUUGUUGAAAACACCACAAUUGAGUCGCAGAGCACUGUGACAGUGGAUUUCAAAUGGAGCCAUGUGGAGAGUAUCCUUGAGACCCCGCCCUUGUCAUCCACAGCAAACCUGAACAUCAAAGUUGCCAGUGGUGACAUGAGGAGCCCGAUGUACGAGAUGUACAAGGAGCUAGGGUUUCUUCAGACACUUGCUGAUGGUUUGAGAAAUGGUGAGACCGAAUGGAUGGAACCUUUGGAAAGCGUAUCAGCUGUAAAUCUAACCAAGGCUUUCCUAGAAGAGCUUCAGGGCACUGCCAAGACACUGCAAGAGAAGGCUGAAAAACCAGCCGAGGUGAAGACUGAGACAGACACUCCCAUCUACAACUCCCUCUUGGAACGAGGGGAUUUGGAUUUUGUGGAGCAGCUUUGGGCACUAAUGAGAAAGAGUGUGACUUCAUAUCAAGACAUCGGUGACUGCCUGAAGCUGGUCAUUGAAGCUCUCAAAUACCAUGACAUCAAACCCUGGAUUCACAGAGACAGCAGCAGCUCCCUCAGCAAACUCAUCCUACAGUCCUACCACCAACAGAUCGAUCAUGUGUCUCUCACAGGGGUCACCCCGGUCCACAUGCUGCUGGAGAUGGGUCUGGACAAGAUGAGAAAGGAUUACAUCAACUACCUCAUUGGUGAAGAAUUGACAACUCUAAACCAUUUGUGUUAUUACCUGAGCACAGAAGUCGAUCUGCAGGAGCAAGUGAUCCGACUCAGGAAAUUGCACCAUCUGCUGGAAAUAAUACUGACCUGCAGUGCCUUCCUGGGUUUGCCCUAUGAUCGACUCUUCCUGCUGACACAAUCAUGUUUGCAGCACUACAAAGCACACCCGUAUGAUGAAGAGCAUGAAUUCAAACUGCAAAUCAAACCGGCACUGAUAGGUCAUUUCUACCAGAAAGAGCACCCAGUAGUGUGGGGUGUUGAGGUGUCCAGUGGCCACGGUCUGCGUGAGGUCAGGACGUCCUUGCAGCUCAGUGACAGACCUGUUGAUCAUGUCAUCUUUGACACAGAUUACCCAAAUGAAACAGUGAAUGGGGACAGUGAGGACCCUGCCUUCUUCUCCACCAUGGUGUGCUGUAGCCUCGUCAACUUUGCAUGAGUUUACACAGAGAACAGUUAACAACAAAGGAGGUGUUUAUUUGGCAUUUUUAGAUAUUCUCACUAGUAUUCCAAAUUGUAUCAAUGCCACAAGAAGAAGCUAUAUAGUCUUAUUCUGCAUCAGAAAGUGUACAAGGUAGUGUACACUAAGUGGUUUCUUGUUCAUGCUCUGUAGUUUUGUCAAAUAUUUAAAGUGACCAACUUGUUUUAUUUAUGUACUGUAUCGUCUUUGGCACUCUCAAUCUAAUCUUUGUUGUCAUAGUUACAGAACUUCAGCAAUAAUUCAAUAAGAAAAUCCAGAAUGUUGCGGGGCUGCCCACACAGUUUUACUGUCUCUUAUUAAAUUCAUUAUCAUACAGUAGGUCUUUUUAAUGUGUUACAGCACAAAUUGUAUGCACACCAAAAUGAGAAAGUCACAGAUUCUCUUGUAAUUCAGUUCAAAUAAUGUACUUAUAGUCACACCUGCUCAAUUAAAGUAAUAAUGUAUUUACA